AUGUCUUCUACCUCUGCUAUGCGUCCGGGUCCCAACAUAGACGAAACCAUGGACUAUGAAGUUGAUCCUGACCCUCCUUCUGUAAAUGAAAAGACCGCUAGUUGUGAACAGGCCGCGAGAAUCCUGUUACUCGAAGCAGAAAACAAGAGACUGGCAGAACAACUUCUGAUGCAGAAAGAAUCCAGUGUCUACUUCAAUGAAAAGUGCCGAACACUGCAAGAAGCUCUGGAUAAAGAAGUUUUUACAGCAAAAAAUCUGAGCGAGAAACAACUCAACUAUUUCACAGGUGUCAGAAGUUCUAAACUAUUUAAUUGGAUAGUUGAAGUGGUUUCUGCUCAUCAACUGCCCUCCUUCUGCAAGAAAUUGAGCAUUACAGACAAGGUCCUUCUUAUUCUAAUGAAAUUGAGGCUUGGGCUGCAGAACAAGGACCUAGCAUACAGGUGA